AUGUUUGACCAAGCCAAGAGUAUGGGCGAUGGAGUCGCCGAGGACCGAAACCACUGUGGAGCCAAUUCGCUUCGCCGGGAACGCGGUGGAGACGCUAAAACUCUGGCGGAAGUAGGAAGCCGCAGUUCCGGCGACGCUCCUGCGGGGACAUCUGCGUCCACCCCGAGCUCGUCCAGCGAGGACGGUCACGACAAGCUGUUAGGAGUGGACCCUGAUUAUUGUCGCCGUAUUUUAGUUCGAGAUGCUAAAGGCACUAUUCGUGAAAUCGUUUUGCCGAAAGGCCUGGAUUUGGACCGACCGAAGCGCACGCGCACUUCCUUCACGGCGGAGCAGCUGUACCGGCUGGAGCUCGAGUUCCAGCGCUGUCAGUAUGUGGUGGGGCGCGAGCGCACAGAGCUCGCCCGCCAGCUGAACCUCUCCGAAACUCAGGUGAAGGUUUGGUUCCAGAAUCGACGUACCAAGCAGAAGAAGGACCAGACCAAGGACUCUGACAAGCGCUCUUCAUCCACCUCUGAAUCACUGGCCACAUGUAACAUCUUGCGCCUGCUAGAGCAGGGGCGCUUGUUGUCAGUGCCUGCACCUCCUCCCAACCCACUGCUGGCAUCAUCGCAUGCUGUCAAUGGCUCACUCCUAGGAAGCCCAUCUGUGUCAUCCUCCUCUCCUGGGGUAAGCAGUACAGGCACUUCUCCUGCAAUUGUGGCCAGUGGUGGUGGAACGUUUGGCCUAUCUCUUUCUUCACUCGGUGCUACACCACCUUCACCAAGGCUUGGGGUAGCACCCCCAUCCCUUUUUUCCAUGCCACUGAUGAGUGGUGCUCAUCAUGAACUCACAUCUAGUUAUGGGUGUGGAUCAUCAGCUUUUGAGCCCUAUACAAGGACAGAGAGGAAAGAUGGGGACUUGACUGGGAAAAAGACAGUUUCCUAAAGACUUGAAUCACUUUUUGGACCACUAAGGAAUGCUCCACAUUUACCAAAAAGGUGCAGUCUGCUCUUUUUUUUUAGCUAAGGUGAAAGAUGUAGAGGAACUGGAGUUGAUUUUCAAAAUUGAACAAAUAUGGAGCACUUUCACCUCUAUUUCAGACUCUUUCCAUUCUUAAAUUCCCAAGCCAUGCUAGUUAUUUUUUACCACACUAAACGAAUAAAAAAGGACUACAUCAAGAACUUUACAAUAUGAGGGAGCUCAAUUUAAUUUACAAUCUCUGCAUCCUGAGUUUAACUGGCAUCAUGUUUGCAGAAGCUUGUUUUUUUAACUCUCUCUCUCUCUCUCUCUCUCGCUCUCUCUCUCUCUCUCUCUCUCUCUCUCUGUACAUUACAAACAGCCUCAAGCUUAGUCUUUGUCUGUAAUAGAAAAAGAAACCAACAUUGCUAAUGUAAUGGUGUAAUGGCAUAUACUGCUUUAUAACAGAUAUUGUAUCCAAAUAGGUGUUAAAAAAGACAAAAUGAAUGAUCAUAUCAUUACGUUUGGACCUUGUGGUACUCUUUAUGCUGCUUCUUACUGGUAUUGUAAUUAGGGAUAAGUUAAUAAUCAAUGUUUAUUUUUUUUUUGGGUGUGCAUGUAAGGGUGGGUUUUUAUGAAACACACAAUAAUCAUGCCAUAUUAUUGUGCUUUGUAAUAUGCUUAAUUCUUAAUAUGCUAAAUACCAGUUUUGUAUAAUUUAAAGACAGUGAUUCAUUGAAGCAUAUUUUAGCAAAUAGUAACUACAUAUUAUUAAUAAUAAUUCAAUAGUAAAAACAAAAACAGCAAAAUGGGAAGUUACAGAUUGGGUGUCAUAUGUAUGUUCACUGCAUGGAAGCAGGUUCAAGCAAAAUCAUCUUAAAAUAUUUUGCACCAUGAAAACACAUGAUUGUGGGGUCUCAUCGAUGUUAUUUUCCAUACUUUUAGUUAAAAACUUAUUUCCAAAUGUAUGCAGCUCUAGGCACUAUUUAGGACUUUAGAUUGUUAAUUAGACUUAA